AUGGAGUUCGCCACCACUGGGGUAGUUCCUCGUGGACCUUGUAGUCAAGUCAUUACUCUUUUGAGGCAGCAGCAGCAAAAGAAGCGACGAGACAAGAAAAAAGAGCAGAAGAAAAAACUGGCAGCAGAAGAAGAGGAUGAGGAGGAGAGCCAGCUGAUUGAGAGGUUGAAGAAGCUGUCUGCCCAAGCCAGUGAUGAGGAUGAAGAAGUGCCCAUUCCUGUCACCAAAGCAGGCAACAAAAAGAAAGGAGGAAAUGUGUUUGCUGCCUUGAACCAGGAGCAGAGUGAAGAGGAGGAGGAGGAAGAAGAAGAAGAGGAAGAAAAAGAAGAAAAAAUAUCAAAGCCCAUCAAACCUGACAGGAAUAAGAGCAACAAGGCAGCCUCUGAUGAUGAAGAAACAAAGAAACCAGGAAAAAAAGGCUCUAAAACCAAACAAAAGGAAGAGGAAGAGGAUAAGGAAGACACAAAGGGAAAAAGCACGAAGAAUGAGAAGAACAAAGGCAAACAACAGAGAGGAGGCUCAGCAUUUGCCACCCUGGCUCAGAGUGAUGAGGAGGAAGCAGAAGAAAUCAAGCCCAAGGAAAAAUCUAAGGCUGGAGCCAAACAAGCUGCUCAGUCUGAAGAAACUACCCAAAAAACAAAAGGGAAAAAGAAUCAGCCAGCCAAGAAUAUGUUUGCUGCUCUAGAGGCAGAGGAGACAGACGAGGAAGAGGAUGAUGGAGAGGAAGACUUCACGGAGGAGAAAGAGGAGUCCAAACAGGACAGCCAGCCGGCAUCGGAGGAGGAAGAUGAGAAGAAGGAAGAUGAUCCCUAUGCACAUCUCAGCAAGAAGGAGAAGAAGAAACUCAAGAAACAGCUGGAGUUUGAGCGGCAGGUGGCAAGCUUGAAAGCAGCCAACGCGGCUGAGAACGACUUCUCAGUGUCCCAGGCGGAAAUGACCUCGAGACAAGCCAUGCUGGAAAACGCCUCAGACAUUAAGCUGGAGAAAUUCAGCAUCUCGGCUCACGGAAAAGAAUUGUUUGUCAAUGCAGACUUAUAUAUUGUAGCUGGGCGCCGAUACGGCUUGGUGGGCCCGAAUGGGAAGGGCAAAACCACUUUGUUGAAACAUAUUGCUAACCGGGCCUUGAGCAUCCCUCCCAACAUUGAUGUACUGCUCUGUGAACAAGAGGUUAUUGCGGAUGAGACUCCGGCAGUCCAAGCGGUGCUCAAGGCUGACACCAAGCGACUGAAGCUGUUGGAGGAGGAGAAGCAUCUGCAGGCACAGCUGGAGAAAGGGGAUGAUGCAGCAGCAGAACGCCUGGAAAAGGUCUAUGAGGAACUGCGGGCGACAGGAGCAGCGGCAGCAGAGGCCAAAGCUCGGCGAAUCCUGGCUGGGUUGGGCUUCAACCCUGAGAUGCAGAAUAGGCAAACCAAGAAAUUCUCCGGAGGUUGGCGCAUGAGGGUCUCCUUGGCCAGAGCCUUGUUCAUGGAGCCCACAUUGCUGAUGCUUGAUGAACCUACCAAUCACUUGGAUCUCAAUGCGGUCAUCUGGCUUAAUAACUACCUCCAGACGUGGAAGAAAACCCUUCUCAUUGUUUCCCAUGACCAGGGAUUCUUGGAUGAUGUGUGUACAGAUAUCAUCCACUUGGACAUGCAGAAACUUUUCUACUAUCGGGGAAACUAUA